AUGGCGGCGGCGGCGGCCCACAGCGUCCGCGUCCUGCGGGAGCUGAACCGGCAGCGCGCGGCGGGGCAGUUCUGCGACGCGACGCUGGGCGUGGGCGGGCGGGAGUUCCGCGCCCACUGGCCGGUGCUGGCCAGCUGCUCCCGCUUCUUCCGCGCCCGCGGCCCCGGCGGGCCGGUGGCGCUGCCCGAGGGCCUGGCCGACACCUUCCAGCUCCUCCUCGACUUCUUCUACACCGGCCGCCUGGCGCUCACCGCCCACAACCGCGCCCGCCUGCUGGCCGCCGCCGAGCAGCUCGGCGUGCCCGACGCCGUGGCGCUCUGCCGCGCCUUCCGCCCCGCCGCCCCCCGCCAGCGGCCCCGCCGCGCCGCCGCCGCCGCCCCCCCGAGCCGCCCGGGGGAGGCGGACGUCGCGGCGGCCCCGCAGCCCGGCGGCCAGGCGGGGGUCGGCCGCCCGGCGGGGGAGGCGCGGUGACGGCCGCCUGUUCCCUCGCAGGCCACCCCCCCGGCCCCGGAGGAGGCGGCGGCGGGCGACGGCGGGCGGGGGGACAGCGACGCCGAGUCCCUUCCCGAGAAAAAGGCCCUGCGGAGCAAAAAGAACCCCCCCCCGGGGAAGGCGCCCGGCAGCGCGGGGGCGGCGGGGACGCCAGGGAGCAGAAAAGGUACAGCGGUGCCGGUUGAGUGCCCCACAUGUCAUAAAACCUUCCUCAGCAAAUAUUACCUUAAAGUGCACAACAGGAAACACACUGGAGAAAAGCCAUUUGAAUGUUCCAAAUGCGGCAAAUGUUAUUUUAGAAAAGAGAAUCUCCUGGAACACGAAGCCAGGAAUUGCAUGAGCCGAUCCGAGCAGGUCUUCACGUGUUCGGUCUGCCAGGAGGUGUUCAAGAGGCGAAUGGAGCUGCGGCUGCACAUGGUGUCGCACACGGGCGAGAUGCCGUACAAGUGCUCCUCCUGCGCCCAGCAGUUCAUGCAGAAGAAGGACCUGCAGAGCCACAUGAUAAAGCUGCACGGCGCGCCAAAGCCCCACGCGUGCUCGACCUGCUCCAAGUGCUUUCUGUCUCGGACAGAGCUGCGCCUGCACGAGGCCUUCAAGCACCGGGGAGAGAAGCUGUUUGUCUGCGAGGAGUGCGGGCACAGGGCCUCGAGUCGCAACGGCCUGCAGAUGCACAUCAAGGCCAAGCACAGGAACGAGCGGCCCUACGUCUGCGAGUUCUGCCACCACGCCUUCACGCAGAAAGCCAACCUCAACAUGCACCUGCGCACGCACACCGGCGAGAAGCCCUUCCAGUGCCACCUCUGCGGCAAGACCUUCAGGACGCAAGCGAGCCUGGACAAGCACAACCGGACCCACACCGGGGAGCGCCCCUUCAGCUGCGAGUUCUGCGACCAGCGCUUCACCGAGAAGGGGCCCCUGCUGAGGCACAUCGCCAGCCGGCACCAGGAGGGGAGGCCCCACUUCUGCCAGAUCUGCGGCAAAACGUUCAAAGCUGUGGAGCAGCUGCGCGUCCACGUCCGCCGGCACAAGGGCGUGAGGAAGUUCGAGUGCACCGAGUGCGGCUACAAGUUCACGCGGCAGGCUCACCUGAGGCGCCACAUGGAGAUUCACGAUCGGGUGGAGAACUACAACCCCCGGCAGCGGAAGCUGCGGAACCUGAUCAUCGAGGACGAGAAGGCCGUGGUGGUGGCGCUGCAGCCGCCCCCGGAGCUGGAGGUGGGCUCGGCCGAGGUGAUCGUGGAGUCCCUGUCCCACGGCUCCCUGCCCGAGGAGAUCCCCGUGCAGAGACUCUGCUCAAACGAGAACUUCUCUACGGCGGAUGUGAUCGAGCAAUCGCUAAUUAUAACGACGACGAUUCCCGAAGACUGUGAAACAUAGCGCGACCGCCUGCGCGCGUCCUUCCUACCGAAACACAAUAAAGCGUUAGGCUGGA